AGGGAGAAACAAGGUCCAACCAUAUCCCAUGCUGUAUUAUCCAAAUACCAUAUUUUGUGGCUAUCCUUCAAAUCUUCAGAUGGGUGCACAAAUUCUCCAAGCAAGCCCGGUUUUCUCUUCAUCACCAACAAGGAGAAGCAGAGAUAUUCAUCCCCAGUUCAGCCAUGAAUGACACAGUGGACAAGCUGGUGAUCUUCCUGGCAAAGAGGGAUGGCAUUGACAAGCUUGUCAAGACCUUCCAGUAUGUCUCCAAGCUCGUUCACUGGCACGUGGAGUCCACCAACCCGGACGUAGCUCGCAGGGCCAAGCAGUGGGAAGUGGCCUCUGGGCUCAGCCGGAAGGCCUUCAGGAGUGGCCGGUUUCUCACUGGAUUCAACGCCCUCAGGCGAAGCCCUGGCUCGACGCCAACUCUCCGGUCUCUUGCUGUUCUUGCCAAUGCAGGGGAGAUGAUCUACUUCUUCUUCGACCACUUCCUUUGGUUGUCGAGAAUUGGAGUGCUGGAUGCAAAGCUUGCCAGAAGAAUGAGCUUCAUCUCAGCAUUUGGUGAGUCUUUUGGCUACAUAUUCUUCAUAAUAUCUGAUCUUAUCCUGAUCGGAAAGGGCCUCAAGGCCGAGAGAAAGCUCCUUGCCUCGACAGAGGAGUCGGCAACCGAUGAUGCCAAGAAUAGUAUCAAGAAUAUCAGAGUUGACAGGAUAAUGAGGUUGAUGGCAACAGCUGCCAAUUUAGCAGACUUGUUCAUUGGAAUUGCAGAUAUCGAACCCAACCCUUUCUGCAACCAUGCCGUCACGCUUGGAAUAAGCGGUCUGGUCUCUGCAUGGGCAGGCUGGUAUAGAAACUGGCCUUCAUGAAGAAUAUCCCAGUAAUACUCAAAUGUUUAUUAGGCGAUUUCAGCACUGGAAAACUGCAAAAAACAUGUAAAACGGUAGUCACUCUGUUCUUAUACCAAAGAACAAACAGUUGGUGGGCAUUAUUCUUAGUACUGAGAUACAUGCAUAAACGUAAACACUGUUUUGAGUCAGACAUCUUGCUGGCAAGAUCAUUAUGCGCGAGUAGCUAACUCAUCAACGUGACAUUGUUAAUUGAAGCUGAAUUGGAAUCACUCGUCUAGAUUGGUUCUGAUCAACACUCUUUAACAGUUAUGCAAGUGCUUUACUCUUACAUACAGCUAAAGAUGGAUCUUUUCAACUU